AUGUUUGGAAGAAGCUCUUAUUCCGCUCCUCCAGCUAUCCGACUCUCCAAGGAUUGUCAAUGUUUCUUCCUUCUUGUCAAUGCUGAAGCUACAAUACUAAAGCAACUCUCAUUUAAAAAUAAACCGUUUGCAGUGGGGGUAAGAAAAAGGAGGACUAGGAAUAUACCAAAUGAAUGGGCUAAAGGGGUGUUCAGUGAUGUUGAUACCUUUACAGAGGAGAGAAUAGAUGAACUAUUAAGUGUAUUUCUAAAAGAUUUCAAGGAGGAUUCUUUAGAAACCAAGGGCUGGCCAGCUUUACUGUCAGCCUAUGUACUCUCAAAAGCAGCCUUGAAUGCUCACACAAGGAUUCUAGCCAAGAAGUACCCCAAUUUCUGCAUUAAUUGCAUCUGUCCAGGGUUUGUCAAAACAGAUAUGAGCAAUAACACCGGCACCUUAUCGGUUGAUGAAGCUGCAGAGUAUCCUGUGAAAUUGGCGCUGCUUCCUGAUGGAGGACCUUCUGGCCUCUUUUUCAUUCUGGAUAAAUUAUCUUGUUUCUGAAUGCAAAACAACCCCACUAUGAUCUUGGAUAAAUUAACCUUGCUGAAUGGAAAAUGAAUAGAACAGCAACCUGUUCUAUGCAUUUUCCUUUCAGCAAGAUUAAUGUAGAACCUCGUGACAUCUUAAUUCUCUUUGUCAAGUUACCUCGGAGACUCAUAAUAGAAUACGAGAGAGAAAUAGCUAGAGAGAAAAGGAAGAAGCUGUCAUGGAUUAUAAUCGCAUGUUGCUUUCCUGUAUUAUGUUCCAAAAUAAUCAAUCUGUACAAGUAUGUAUAAAUAUAUUGGGAUUGAUUCAACUAA